GUCUCACUCUCACUUGUAUUCUUUGAAGUUUACAUUUGUUAAAUGUUUUGUUCAUUUUUUUACAUCGUUUUGCAUCAUAUUCACCAUUCAGAAUUUUACAGAUUUAGCUAGCCAGGAACGCAUGGCUUUUCGCGGUAAGAAAACUUUAGUCAGUGUAUCGAAGCAAGGACGUUGUAUAAUUUAAUGUUCUAAAGUCGAAAUCUGCAUCAGCACCUGCUACAUUGAUUUCGCAAAUUUCAAUUGAAGCUGUAACGCAGGCUACAGUUCCUACAGCAAGACCUAAGAAGCUCGAAUAAAAAACGCAAGCAAGACGAGCACCUAGAAGCUCGAAUAAAAAACGCAGGCUCUUGCAAGUGAAAGAUAUACAUAGAAGUUCACUCAAAAGGUAAAAUCAUAAAUUAGAAUCACACUUCUAAAAUCAGACAACAAAGAAUUUACGAAUUAACUAAAACCAUGCUCCUGACCAAUGUAGCAGCCUGCUUGGCGCUCCUGGCAGCGGGAAUUGUGAAGGCCGGUGCGAAAAGUUUGCGAGAAGGGACUGACAAUGACGAUGGUGAUCAUGGGUCGACGUCGUGCUGGGGACGCUCCCUAUCGGACGACGAACUCCCGCACACGGGGGGAGGCCCUCGUAUCACACGAAAGUGGUCCAUGUCGUCUACAAGGUGUCCCAGCAGUUCCAGUGUAGUGUGCUCGCCCGUCCAUCCGUACAGGCAGUAUACGGGCGGCUCAGAUGAGCUUUCUGAUUGGGACCUAGACGCCUCCUUCCGAGGCAGAAGUUUUACGGGAGCGGCACUUCUGGAGGAACAAGUGGAGCAAAACCGCGUAGGUCCUGUCGACGAGUUGGAGGCGAUCAACAGAGCAGACGCGAGCAGUAGAAUUUCCACUUCUCGUAAGGAAGUCUUCGAGACCGUGUUACCUCCGGAAGGUUCCAGCGCAGACAAACGGCUAAGCGACGCAAAUCUUGACAACACUCGCACCGUUUGGACGCACGUCAACAGUUUUUUGAGCCCGAAACCGAAGCUCGAGCAGCAGCUAGUGGACAAAUCUCCUGAGAAAAUAUUCAAGCGCCCAGGCUAUUCGCAGCCCGUGUCCCGCGAUUUCGCCGCCAGCACCAGCGUGCCGGUUCCAGAACACCACACGACGAGGUGGCUGCUGCGGCAACUGAUGUCGAUGAACACGCAGACAAAAGGAUUCGGCAGCGACGUGCGGUCAUGGGCGAACAGUAAUGUGAAGGGCCUCUUGGACAAGUUCAUGGCUGCGAAGUAUCAAGAACCCGGAAGGGCACCAGAGGCCGAGGACGUGGUCGACUUCCAUGCCAUGCAUUACACGCGCUCUACGCCAGAGUUUUGGACCACGUGCGAGCCGCUGCACCAGUACUUGACGCAGAACGGGCCGCGUUCCUUUGCAGAGCUGCAGAAGCAGUCUGUCUGGUACUGGGCGCUGACGUGCCACAACUACGGACGCAAGGGCAGCAUGUCUUGCGCGCGCCACCAGUGGCGGACAAUGGAGUUGGAGCUGAAACUCCGGCUCGCCGGUCUCCUUGGCCUGAAGGAGACGCUGGGGCUGACGGAAGAAGACGUGAAACCACGCGUCCUUCACGACGGUGCUGGAAGUCGUGCGGGGGAGGAAGAAGAGAGAAAGGCUUGGUGGCAGGUGAAAGAAAAGGUUCAGCAGCGUAAAGCGAGAGAACUCGCGCUGAGAAACGAGUGGUUUCAGUACAAGCAGAAUCAUCCGGCGCAACGGGAAGAGAUCAACCACUUGGUGGCGUACCUGUACAUGGCGGAAUUGGCCGGCAUGGCGUGGCGCAUGGGGUUGCUCGUCGACCCAGACGGGAGCAACAAGGAUGAACCACCGUCGGUUAAUAGGAUGAACUCCGCGGUGGCGAGUCGUGGAAGCUUGAUGGUGCGGGAGGAGAAGAAAUCGUUCCGGAUUCCCGCUGACAGUGGGAUAUACAAGAACGUGACGACAAAAAAAACCGGGCCUUGGACACGGUUCUGCGAAGACCUUUUCGGUCUGGUGAGUACGAAGAAGUCGCUAAACGCGGUGAAAAUGGAUUUCCGCAUGUUCAUCGGCUUAAAAAAGGAUAUCAAGUUGGAUUUGCGUCCAGUCGUCGGAAACUUGCCAUGGGCAGUGGUUUCGCCCGAAACGUCCCUCAAGCUCUUGCGGGAAGCCGUGAAGAUGCUUGAGAUGCACAAUCCCGGGGGUCGGGUUACAGAAGAGGCGGCAACCACCAUGGUGGAUCGCACCGACCCGACUGCGGAAGAAGAGGCUGAUUUUGCCGCUGAAAAGCGAAUCGCCCUGCCAGCGCAAGUAACGCUGCGUGAAGAUGACAUCGCGCCCUACCACCGAAACGAAAGUGAAUCUGCGCCGUGGGGAAUUUCUGCCUGGAUAAGCAAUCCGUUAGGUUUGUGGUAA